UGAAAUGUCGUCCAAGCUUUAUGAUCUCAGGCUUGUUUUCUUCACCAUUGCUCUCAUCUCCCUCUCUCUAUCUCUAUCCAUCCUGGUGCUAACCUCAACUCUCCAGCUAAAAGAUCACCCGAGUUUCACUCGCAGCAUUCAGAAUGCGUCUCCCGUAGGAAAAUCGAAUUGGGUUAUUAAAAUCCCCGUCGAACGACGAAAGAAACGGCACUCCACGCCGGUCGAAUUCCUUGCAAAAGAAUUCAAAGGAAGAAUAGAGACCAAGAUCGGUCUAGUAAACACAGAUGAAGGAGAAGAAUGGGAAGCGUUGGGUGAAACGAGUUUAGUAUAUUUCGACCGAGUGCCGGAACAACGGCGGUGGGAAGAAUUCUUCCCUGAGUGGAUUGAUGAAAAGGAGAAAUGGGGGUCGCCCACAUGCCCUGAAAUUCCUAUGCCCGUAUUCGGAGUGUAUGAUGAUCAGUUCGAUAUCGUGGUCUCGAGCGUCCCAUGUGGAAACGGCAUGGGCAGAGAAGGGGCCAGAGAUGUGUUCAGGCUACAGGUCAAUCUGGUGGUUGCUAAUUUGGUGGUGAGGAGUGGUCUAAAAAAUAACGACGACGGCGGCGAUCGGGCAGUGUUCGCUGUGUUUAUUGGGUCGUGCGAGCCAAUGUUGGAGAUCUUCCGGUGUGAUGAUCUCGUGAUGCAAGGAGACAACUUUUGGAUUUACAAACCUGAUUUGAGGAGACUGAAACAGAACGUUCUUAUGCCAGUUGGUUCUUGCCAACUUGCUCCGCCUCUUGUCAACCAAGGUGAGGAAAAUAUCAAGUCAAGACAAGCCUACGUGACAGUCCUCCAUUCUUCAGAAGCUUACGUCUGUGGUGCAAUAAUCUUGGCCCAGAGCAUAAUUCAGUCCAACUCCACCAAAGAUUUGGUCCUACUUGCCGAUGAAACCAUAACCAAGACAAGCCGGCGGGCCCUCAUGACUGCCGGAUGGAAGAUCAAGCAAAUCAAGCGCAUCCGAAGCCCCAACGCCAGGAGAAACGCCUACAACGAGUGGAACUAUAGUAAGCUGAGGAUAUGGCAGCUUACCGAGUAUGACAAGAUCAUCUUCAUAGACUCUGAUUUGGUCGCACUCAGGAACAUCGAUGAAUUUUUCCGGUACCCCCAGUUAUCGGCCGUAGGAAACGACCAGGUUCUCUUCAAUUCUGGGAUCAUGUUGAUUGAGCCGUCGGAGUGCACGUUCAGGAAGCUGAUGGAGAGGAAGCAAAAUGUGGUUUCGUACAAUGGAGGAGACCAGGGCUUUCUGAAUGAAGUGUUUACGUGGUGGCACCGGUGGCCGUCGACUCUGAAUUAUCUAAAAGUUUUCGAAGAGACCAAAAGUAGUGAAAGAGAGAAGCUGCCGGAGUCGCUGUACGCGAUUCAUUAUUUGGGGUUGAAGCCAUGGAUGUGUUACAGGGACUACGACUGUAACUGGGAUAUGAGGAAACGUCGUAUAUUUGCGAGUGACUCGGCUCACAGAAAGUGGUGGCAAGUGUUCGACGCAAUGCCGAAGAGGUUGAGACCUUACUGCAGCCUCACUAAGAAAAUGGAUGCAAGGAUAAACAAGUGGAGAGAACGGGCGAAGAAUGCUAGUUUCCCCGAUGGGCACUGGAAGAUCAAGGUUAAGGAUCCUAGGCAACACCAUUGAUAGAUUGAUUGAAGAAGCUCGCUCUCCCCUUAAUUUUUAAACUAACAGCUAACAGGCGGAAUAUUAAUUUACUUUUCUCAUGGGUAAUUAUUAAUUAAUGGUGUCUUUCUUGUAGAAAAAGAAAUCCCAGACAUGCAUGCAUAUUCCAUGAAGACUGAUGAAAUGCCAAUCUUUCUUCAAUAACAAACAAUAGAGAAGUAGAAGAGAAUGAUGGGAAGUGGGAACCAAAGGAAUGCUAAUUUACAAUCGAGUAGAUCCCAUCCCCAUGUGAGUGAGAUGUUUGUUUGUUUCUUUUUACAAAUGGUGUUAAAGACCAAAACACCCUCUACAUGAAUCUGUUACCCUACUUGUGAGAGCAUGAUUAGCCUUAAUUGCUAAGUUGCAACUUGCAACUAGUGGAAAUGUGGGACCUACUGUGGAUGUGGCAA